CGUGCCUCUCCUGCAGCCUCUUCUGCCCAGCACAAAUCCAUCAACCUCGGGUCGUCACUGCAGCAAGAAACUGACGCUCACAUUUGCAACUUGGGGAUCAGAUUACCGGCGUGACAGUGCGAGCCGGCCGGCCUGCCGCCGGCACGCUGCGGCAGGGCGGCCCGGCGUCCCCGUCCCCACACAUGCCGGUGGCUCCGUCGCGCGCGCCACCGGAGCCACACGCUUUUUAAAUUGGAUUUCCCGCGGCAGGGACGCUUGCCCUCGUCGGCCGCCUCGCCCGCUGCGUACUCCUCCCCCUCCCCUCCCCCGCCGCGCCAGCCCCGUCCUCCAGUCUGUACUCGCUUGGCUCCACCCGCGCUCCUGCUCCUACAAAUCACGCUCCCUCCCACCGCCUUCUUCCCCCGCCUCCUCAUCGAUCAGGAACACAGCGCGGCAUGGACAGGUACAGGAUCGCGCCGGCGCGGCCGGUCCGCCUCUCCGCCGCCGCCACGGGCCCCGGCGGGGCGCACCUCCGCCCGGCGGCGCUGUCGUCGGGGCGCCGGUCGGGCGGCGCCGAGAUCGGCAUCUUCACGGCCGAGCGCUACUUCAGCGCGGCCGACGUGGUCAGGCGCGACGCCGCGCCGGCGCCGGUCUCCGAUCACGAGCUGCCGCGGGUGCCCGUCCCGGCACCGGACGCGGCCAGCCUGAGCGGGCGCACCGCCGCGUCGUCCGAGGCCAGCUGGAACAGCCGGUCCGGGCUGCUGUCCGUGGCCCACCUCUCGGCCGCGGCAAGGCAGCAGAAGGCGGCCGGUGCCGGCGCGGCAGCGUACGGGAGCGAUCAGGGUUGCCAGCGCGGUAGGAAGACGGGCGGUGGUUCGGGCCAGCGGUGGACGCUGUUCGGCCGCGACUGCCCCUGCGCCGGCAGGAAGGCGGUGACCGUCGACGUCGCGUCCGAGCCGAGGAGCCCGGCCCCGGCGGCGGCUCACUUCAACGACGCCAGGUUCAGCCCGCCGUCCGCCGUUGAGGAGUGCCUCGAGAGCGACAUCUUUAAGGCGAAGCACCCGUCUCCUCCAAGAGCUGCAGCCGAUGAUCACCACCAGGAGCUCGCCAGCAAACUGAAGGUCACCGUAACGCCGGGGAGCCGCGCGUUCCCUCUCGCCGCCGACGGCGUCUUCGCGGCGGCGCCAAGCCGUCCGCUCGCCGCUUUCAAGGCGGAGAUCGACCGCCGCGUCGUGACCUCCGGGGGGUUCACGUUCCCCACAGCGCUCGGCGCGGGGAGGGUCGUGUGCAGCGGCAGCGUCUUGGACGAGCCGCCGCGCGUGUCGCUGGAGGUGUUCCACCCCAUCGACGAGGACUCGGUGAUGCUCGCGGACCCUCCGCGCGCCAUGCCACCGGCGGGCCGCGCCGGGCUGCUCCCGCUCCCGGCACGCGCUCCGCCGCUGGUCCCGGCGCUGGCUGACGAGGAGGCGAUGAGCGACGCGAGCUCGGACCUGUUCGACCUGGAGAGCUUCGCGGCGUCGUCGUCGUACCCGACCACGUACCGCGGGCGGGGCAGCCGCCGGAACUCGGCCGACGACGACCUCAUCCCCUACGGCUCCGCCGCCGCCGCCGCCGAGCCGGCGCUAAGCGAGUGCCUGUACCCGGCGAGCGAGGUGAGCGUGGUGUGGAGCGUGGUCACGGCCGAGGACGGCGCGUUCGACGCGGCCAACUUCUCCAGCGCGGCGUCCGCGUGCUGCGGCGACGACCUCCGCUACGUGGUCCCGGAGCUCCCCGAGGCCGGCUUCACCGCCGCCAUGUCCCGCAGCGCCGGCCGCAAGAAAAGCAGCGGCGGCGGCGGGUUCCUGAACAGCUGCCGGUGCGAGAAGGCGGUCAGCGUCGGGCCCACGCCGGUGCGGGUGGUCCGGCCGCCGGCGCACCCGGGGGCGGCCGCCAGGAAGAUGGGCGGUGACGGCGCGGCACGGUACCACUCCGGCCGCGGCCGCGCACACGUGCCGGUCCGGACGUGACGCGCGCGCCGUCAGCUAGCCGGCCGGCGCUGACAAGCGCGCCCGCGGUUGUCCUUUUUUGUUGGUAGAUUUUGAAAAAUGGAAAUGAUGUCGGUAGAUUUGUGAUCUCACGACGUUGUCGCUAUGUACAAAUGUGGAUGCUUUGUCUGUUUAUUUGGAUCGUGGUGAGAGUGAAACGGCUGUCUUAUGACAAUAUGAGGCAACUUUUCAAAAAAUGACAA